AUGAAGGCUUCCCAGCAUAAUGUCGCCGCCGCCUUGGCCAUUGUCGGUCUGGGCUUGCAUGCCGCAAUCACCUCUGCCGCGAGCUGCUCCACGGUCCUUACCCCGUCCUACAACACGCCGGUUGUAGCCAGCGGCUGGACCGCACAGAUCGUCGCCAAUGGCCUGCACAAGCCGCGCAGCAUCCAGUUUGAUAGUUCCGGCAGCCUGCUGGUCGUUGAGAGCGGAAAGGGCGUUUCGCGCAUCGUCUUCACUGACAAGGGCAAGACCUGUCUGGAGGUGGCCUCGUACACGACCGUUGUAAACGACACCAGUCUGAACCACGGCCUCGUGUUGACGGCCAACGAAACCGUCCUGCUGGCCUCGUCCGUCGCGGCCGUCAAUGCCUACGUCUACGAUGCUAAGACCGGCAGCGUCAGCGGCAGCUCCCAGACCGUUGUCUCCGGCAUGAGCAACAACGACCUGACCACGCGCACGCUGCUCAUGUCGACCGCCAAGGAUGGUACGCUGCUGGUGUCGCGCGGCAGCUCCGAGGACUACGACGAGGACGCGCUGAAUGUCAAGUCCGGCCUGUCGCAGAUUCGUGCCUUUGACCUGAGCUCGCUCACGGCGUCGUCCUCGGACGUCUCUGCUUACGACUUUGACACCGCCGGCCUGCGCGUCGGCUGGGGCUUGCGCAACUCGGUCGGCAUGGCCGAGCACCCCGUCACCGGCGGCAUCUUCGCUGUCGAGAACAGCAUUGACGAUGCCACCCGCGAGGGCACCGACAUCCACGAGAACAACCCGGGCGAGGAGCUCAACUACCUCGGCACCCUGUCGGAUUUGUCGUCCUCCAAACAGGGCAGCAACUACGGCUACCCCAACUGCUUUGCCGUCUGGAACACAUCCAUCCCCGACAAUGCUGGCCUCGUUGUCGGCAGCCAGGUCAGCAUGAUCGUCAACAGCACCUACAACGACACCACCUGCGCCGACACCACCGUGUCGCCGCGCCUUACCUUCCCGGCUCACAUGGCUCCUCUGGACAUUAUUUUCACAUCCGACGGUGCAACCGCCUACGUCACCUUCCAUGGAAGCACCGACAAGACGGCCAAGGUCGGCUACCAUCUGUCUAGUCUCGAAUUCAACAGCACCACCGGAUCGCCCGUCGACGACGACACCAGCACGACUGCUCUGACCACCAUCCUGUCCAACCCAGAUCUCACCCAGUGUCCUGGAGCCUGCUUCCGUCCCGUGGGCCUCGCAUGGGAUGCCUCUGGCCGUCUGUUCAUGUCGUCCGAUGCCACUGGCGAAAUUUAUGUCCUACUCAAGUCUUCCUCCACCGCCACUUCCACUGCCAGCGGCACCAUGGUGACGCCCACAAGCAGCGCUAAGAGCGCCGCGGCACCUGCCGCCCUCUUCAGCCGGACCACGGCUCUGCUGGCCGUUGCAUUGACCGGAUCGGCGACGGUGCUGCUGAGUGCGUUUUAA